CUUUGUGUAGCCUAACUCAUCCUUACCGGUCUGUCCCAACCGCUUGACCUCUUCGCCAUGGCCACUUACAAUGUUCGAUGGGGAAUAAUGGCUACCGGCUGGAUCGCCGACGUCUUCGUUCGGGAUCUUCUCCGAGAUCCUCAAGAGCGUGGCGUAUCCGACAUCACCCAUAGCAUUAUGGCAGUAGCAUCAGCUACUUCGCAAGCCCGGUCAGAGAAGUUUAUCUCCGACACGGGAAUUCCUGCUCCCUGUGCAGCCUACGGCUCCUAUGAGCAGCUCGUGGCUGAUGCCAAUGUCGACGUUGUCUACGUCGCAACCCCUCACUCUCAUCACUUCCAGAAUGUAAUGCUUGUCCUGGAGGCAGGGAAAAACGUUCUAUGUGAAAAGGCCUUCACAGUCAAUGCGGCCCAGGCAAAGAUCCUGUGCGAGACGGCCAGGAAGAAGAACUUGUUCCUCAUGGAGGCCGUCUGGACGCGGUAUUUCCCGCUCAGUGUGCAGAUUCGGAAUUUGAUCAAGCAGGGAGCCAUUGGUGAGGUUCUCCGGGUGACCGCCGACAAUAGCUUUGGUGACCCCGUCGAGGAGCGAUGGGGUACGGAACAUCGUAUGGUCAAUAAGGAUCUGGCCGGCGGAUGUUUGCUGGACUUGGGCAUUUAUUCCUUGACGUGGGUCUUUCAGACACUGUAUCAUACUCUACCCCGGGAGCAGCGCAAACCACCAUCAGCUAUCUCGGCCCAUAUGGCCCUUUACCACUUAACAGGGGCCGAUGAAGCGACGACUAUCCUCCUCAGCUUUCCUACCAGUACGCCGUCCAAUCUACCUCACCCAGGCCAAUCCCACGCGGUGGCCAUGACCAAUCUGCGUAUCUCUACCGAUCCCGACGAGGCCAACACUGCUCGCCCCGCCAUUCGCAUUCAAGGCACCAAGGGUGAGAUUCAGGUGGAUGGACCCGCCUUCCGACCGGAGCGGUACCGCAUCAUUCCCAAGAAGGGCGCAGGCGAGUUUAAAGAGGUCGAAUGCCCGUUUCCUGGCAACGGAAAGGGCAUGUUCUGGGAAGCGGAUGAGGUGGCGCGCUGCUUACGGGCUGGAAAAUUGGAGAGCGAUACUCUGCCGUGGGAGGAGAGUAUUGUUAUAAUGGAAGUGAUGGAUGAGGUUCGGCGCCAGGGCGGGUUGACUUAUCCGGACAGGAUCGAGUCCACUGUUUACCCCACGCGACUAUAGCGUAACGCAAAACAGGUGGCAGCAGUCGCGACAGGUCUUAAUGGAGCAAACGCUUACGGUUGUAGGCCAGAUGGCAGUUUCUAUCCUAAGGCGCCAUCCCAUUCAAAUAAGCAGUACUGUACAUA